GAAGGCGCUAGAGAUGAGGCUGGUAGCCGCUAGGGUCCCCGGCCCGUCGGAGCACUUCCCGGCGGGAUGGGGCUCCCGUCAGGCUGUCCCCCUUGUCCGCACCGUCCGUGCUCCCCAGCGGGCAGGGCAGGAGUAGGGAGCAGGAGGGCCGGGCUCCCCGCCCAGCUGGGGCAUCCGGCUCCGCCUCCUCCUGGAAAGACUAUUUAAUUUUGGAGGUGCUGAGGCCAGCUCCCACGCAGGACCCGGACCGACCGCAGGCCACAGACUGACAGGAGGUCCCCACCUGGUGCUCCCGGCCCAGCCAACAGCAGACCCACCGCCCGCUUCUCGCUUCUUGCUUCUCGCCUGACACCUACUCGCCGCCGACGGACGUAGCCCCGCCCGCCAUGGCCCGGCUCCUGACGGUCUCGUUCGGUUGCAUCAGCCUUCUCUACCUGCUGCUCCCGGGCACGCGGUCCCGCAGCCUGGGCAGGAACCCGCGGCCUGCCCCACACAGGGAGCCCCCAGCCCGGACCCCUUCCAGGGGCCUGAAGCCUCGACACCCUGCAUCUCAGCAUGUGGUCUGGAAGCUACACCAGGCCCUCCAGCCACAGAGGAGUGCCAGCCGAGCCCCUGGGACGGGUCGGCCUCUCCGGGACAGCCCCCGCCGACACCUGGGCCCCCGCAGGUCCCGACCCCAGCUCCUGCGGGUGGGCUGUGCGCUGGGCACCUGCCAGGUGCAGAACCUCAGCCACCGCCUGUGGCAGCUGGUUGGGUCGGCCGGCCCACGGGACUCAGCCCCCAUGGACCCCAGCAGCCCCCACAGCUACGGCUGAGGUGGAGCGGGCCGUGCCCAUGCCUGGCCCAGCCGGGACGCUGCACC